AUGGAUGUCUUCGACCCCUUCCUGCCUAUCUACGACGUCAACAACGGGCCUCGUUUCAAGACUACGAAGGACGAUCGAGACUGGGUGUCCGUUGGCCCGUCCUCGCUCGACCUGGAUCUAGUCGACCCGUCCAAGCGCUUCUCAGCCUCGCACUUCAGCAUCGCUUCCCCUUAUCACGCAUGGCCGGAAGGCGACAUCUGGUGGGCCGGCUGGAUCCCCACCUCGAGGCUCGAGGGUCACGACAUUCUCGCCUGGCUCCUGCCGGCAGCCCCAGACAACGCGAUCUUGCCCACCGAGCAGCGAUAUGUAGUGAACGAGGAAUGGAAGGGGCAAGCAAACGCGAUCGCCCCCCGCGUGUCCUUGGCGUGCUCUCUUGUGGUCAAGGCCGUUCCCUCCGUGUUCGAGCGCUACCUCCACGGCCGCAAGGUACCUUGUCUACCAUCCGAGUACACAGAAGGCUCGCUUGAAGGCGAGGAGUUUGAUUCUGCGACUGACGGCCGGGCAUACCUCGCCACGUUCGCCGACGAGAUCCUCGUGAACUUGGGCUUCCUCGGCUGGUUCAUGACAUGUGUGCCGCGUUGGGAUAAACUUCUCGCCCCCGAGGUCGCCGCUUUUGUCAACGAGCUAAGACUCCCCGAGCGCGAGAAGCGUGGCUUCCUCCUCGAUCUCCCCCUCGACUGGCCAGCUAUGGACCUCAAGUUCUGGUACGAGAACAAGGUGCCCUUUCACUACAUGUGGACGGAGGAGGCUGCCGCGCAGCCACGCUUUACCCAGCUCAAUCCCAGCUACAUCAAGCACCACCGCCGCCUCGCGCGCUGA